AUGGUUCCUUCUCGACAUAGUUCAUCAAAUGAUGUAUUUUCGAAUGAUCACGAUGAACAACAACCAUUUACAGGAUCAAUAGUACCGACAAUGCCAACACCAUCACGUUUAACUCGUCGAUCAUCUAUAUCGGCUAUAUUUGAUGAUAAUCGUCGUCGUGAUGAUAUAUUAAUAAAAAGAACACGAUCAAGUAUACGUCGUUUAUGGAAAAAAUAUGAUGUUCCAUAUGUAAUCGGAGAAGAAAUUCAAGAUUCAAAACGUACAUUAUGUGAAACAACAUUAAUUAUAUGUUCAUGGUGUCUUAUUGUACUUUUUUUUCCAUUUUCACUUUUUGUUACAUUGAAAAUUAUACAAGAAUAUGAACGUGCUGUUAUAUUCCGUUUAGGUCGUUUAAGUAGUAAUUCAGUACGUGGUCCUGGCAUCUUUUUAAUUUUACCUUGUAUUGAUACAAUUCAUCUUGUUGAUAUGCGUACUGUUUCAUUUGAUGUUCCACCACAAGAAGUUUUAACACGUGAUAGUGUAACAGUUGCUGUUGAUGCUGUUGUUUAUUAUCGUGUUUUUAAUCCAACUGUAUCAGUUGCUAAUGUUGAAUAUGCACAAGAAUCAACACGUCUUUUAGCUCAAACAUCAUUACGAAAUGUUCUUGGUACACGUCUUUUAUCUGAAUUAUUAUGUGAUCGUGGUGCCGUAUCAAAAGCAAUGCGUGAAUGUUUAGAUGAAGCAACAGCAAAUUGGGGUAUUAAAGUUGAACGAGUUGAAAUAAAAGAUGUACGUUUACCAAAAAUGUUACAACGUAUAAUGGCUGCUGAAGCUGAAGCAGCACGCGAAGCAAGAGCAAAAAUUAUUGUUAGUGAAGGUGAAUUUAAAGCAUCACAUGCAUUGAAAGAAGCAGCUGAUAUUCUUUCACAAUCACCAUGUGCAAUGCAAUUACGUUAUUUACAAACAUUAAAUGGUAUUGCAACGGAACAAAAUUCAACUAUUGUAUUUCCAUUACCAGUUGAUCUUUUUUCAUUUUUUCAAAAAUGUCCAGUAAAUACAAAUUCAUUUCCAUUAAAACCAACAACAACAUCAAUAAAACCAAAUAAUAAUCUGACUACUACAGAAACACUUCUAUCAUCAUCACAAAUAGCAACAGAUAUUUGA